UCGAGUCCCCAUUCCAGAUUCUUGGUGGAACGUCUGUAUGUAAUAAUUAGGAGGGUCGUAAUUGCAAGCAUUGACAACAAAAAAAUACUAAGGAGUCAUCGUUUUAGAUGAUACGGGGCUCAAUUAAUAUUGCUCGCAUUACAACGAAUCCAUAAUAUGUUCAUCGUGGGACUUACAGGCGGCAUCGCCACGGGCAAAAGUACAGUGUGUGAAGUGUUCAGGGAACAUGGAGUUCCAAUUGUAGAUGCCGAUGCAGCAGCACGAAAAGUUGUUGAACCUGGAAAGCCGGCAUGGCACAAAAUACGUAAUGAAUUUGGAGCUGAGGUGACCUGUAAUGAUGGAACAAUCAACAGAGAAAAACUGGGUGACUUAAUAUUUAAUGAUGUUGAAAAAAGGAAAAAGCUAAAUGCAUUUACACAUCCAGACAUAUACAAAGAGAUGUGCUGGCAGGCAUUUAAAUAUUUUUUUCAAGGACAUCCCUUCAUUGUUAUGGAUCUACCAUUGCUCUUUGAGACUGGCAAGAUGCUGCAUUAUUUACACAAGAUUAUUGUUGUAACCUGCGAAGAAGACCUCCAACUUCAACGCCUAAUGGAACGUUCUGGAUUCACCGAGGCAAAAGCAAAAUUACGAAUCAGUGCUCAAAUGUCUCAAGAUAGAAAGGCAGAAAUGUCUAAUUUUGUUAUAGAAAAUUCAAGCAGUAUCCAAGACAUGAGAGAUCAAACUAUCAAAAUCAUAAAUGUCCUCAAAAGUUCUAAUUAUCAUUGGAGAUUGAGAUUGAUUCUCGGCUUCUGCUGCACAGUCCUUCUAGCAGGUGCCUUUUGGCUCAGAAAUAGAAAUACCAAACAACUAUUACCUUCUCUGUAAAAACAAGAAAGUGAUUUCCUUGAUCCUUUGCAUGUUUAUAGAAUAUUAAUUUCGUUCAAACUAUUUCUCAAUGAAUUUUGAUGUUUCGAUACAGGGAACCAAUGAGUGGCAACAAAGUAUUGACUACAUACUGAUGAAUUCAAUACAGAAAUAUUAAUUAGUCACCAUUUAAAUGAUGAAUGCCCUUUCAUUUAGUGUUUACCUUGCAUCAAAUACUAGAUGUAAAAAUAUCUAGCUUCGACCACAUCACAUUAGGAACUUUUUUCGAAAACUAAUCCAAUUCUUCUUCUGUAAAAUACUGAUUGUAAAUACUAUGGAAUGAAUAUUUAACUCCAUACGUGUUUAGUAUUUAGAGGAUAGUUUAACAUUAAAUACUUGACUAGUUUAUUUAUAGGAGUAAAUGAACUACUAAAUGUUGAAGUAUUUAAUGUUUUACGAAGGCUCUGAAUACUAAAUAAAUAAGUAUUUCGUAAUUAGAAAUUACGAUCACAUAAGAAGGACAAAAUCAUAACUCCGUUAUUCUACGCUAUUUUUAUUCCAUAACAAGAUUGAUUUUCAGUGCUGCAGCGCUAAUUGUUUAUAGGUGCAAACAUUAUUAUAGCUCUAUCUGUGUUUGGGGGAAAACAUUGAAGUGGGAAUGGAAACAAAUGGAAAAUAUGAAGCUGUGGUUGGGGUAGGAAAGCUGGGCUUAUGGGACUGAAAAUCGGGACUUUAAGGAGAGCCACUGGCGCUGCUCAAAAAUAUGAAAAAGCAAAAAUAUUCUCCGCCCCUUUCCACAAAAAAAUUUACAAAAGCCAAAGGCGCUAAAUCUAUCGAAGAAAUAUGUAAAUAUCGGAAAAAUGCAAACUCCAAAUUUAUAAUCGUAAUGUACAAACAAAAUGUAGUGUAUUGUAACUGAACAUGUUGCUAGUGUAAAUAACGCAAAAUUAUGAGUUACACUAAAUUAAAACAGUUUAGAAAAAUGAAAUGAGUGGUCUCACAAGUAUCGAAUCGUAUUUGUAUUAUAAUGUGUUAGUUGAAUUUUGCUUCGGGUGUCUAAAAAAUUAUUUGUCAUAACAUUUCUUUUGGCGAGAAAAUUUGCACAUGUAGAGUUCAUCGGAAGCACCAAUUGAAUAUUUUCAUAAUAAAAAUGAAAUCAUACACUUCCAGAAAAGAAAAAUGAUGGGUUUCAUUUUUCUUUUACAAAUUCAGAGCUACUCCAAUUUAAAUAAUGUAAUUGACAUUUUUGUGAGCUACUGAAUGCUGGAUGAAAACAUUGUCAAACAUGAAAUUCAGAAAAAGUCAGCAACCUUCUCCCUAAAAUGCAAAAAUGUCAAACUCCCCCAAUUCGUGAUUUUUGUUUUAAAAGGAUGAAUUCAUCACUUUAUCUAUAAUCAAUAAAUUUGCUAUAUUGUUUCUAUAAAAAUAUAAAUAAAAUCUAAAUGUACUAAAAAACAACAUUUGAUUUGAUCAAUUUUUCGAGAAGUUAUGGAUUUUUGAAAACAACAAUCGCUUUUGUGGAAAACGCCUCAUAAAAUCGAUCUUGAAUGUAUGCGAAAUCUCAUUUCAAGCUCAUACCAGGUUCCUCUUAAAAAAAUAGAUGCUAUAAAUGUCAAUUAGAUAAAAAUAAUUAAUUGUGACUAAAUGAAUACACAAAGGGCACAUGCAGAAGAAAAAUGAACUUCCUUUUAUUUCCUUCCAUAACGACACAUAUAUUUCCUCCCAAGAAAGAACGAAUAUAUGUAAUAUCAGCUAAUUCUAUUAGUCAAUUAAUGGAAAUCUCUAAAGUACAUUCGAAAUAUCCUUGUGACAGACGAAUAAAUGAAUAAUUAGUUUUCGAGAACGAAAUUACUUAAGAAAUUCAACCUAAAGUGAGAAGAAUAAUGAUGAAGAUUAAAUAAAUUAUUUACAUUGUA